GACCAACCUCCGCAGCGAGCAGCGACACGCGCCGGCGCCGGCCACGCUCUCAGCUGACCGCCGCACGUGUGCUCCUCCCCCCUCCUCCUCCGCCUCUGCCGGCGCUACACCCGUACCACCUCGCUACUCGCCGGCGUCGCUGUGCGGAUAACACGUCGUCACUCGUCGCCAGUGUGAUUCGCGUGUGUACCUCACGACACCAUGACGCCGGAUGCUGCACUAUCUCGUUCGGCACCUCGCGCCGCCUCCGACAGUGAUAGCGUUUAAGUUCUCGACAAACAGUAAUCUGCCCUAGCCUACUGUUACCGACGAUGGCACACCGUAGCCUCUUUGUGUACCACCUUUGACAGUUUCGAAUCCGCAUACAGAACCACAUUCUCUACCUCUUCGGAACAACCAGCGUACCCUCAGACUUACGCGUUAAAAAUCAAAAGAAACUUGGUCGUCAUUUUUCCUCGUGUCACAAGAAAAGUGUGCUAGAUGCGACCCGGCCCGCUGACUGAAGACUGCGCCCGCACUGCCGAGUAAUCGGAGAGAGCGAGUCGACCAACUGUCACCACCGAUGAAGAUGUCGCAUAAAAGGAAGCCGAGCAGCGUUCACAAGGACAACGUGUCGACACCGGAACCCGAGAUGCCUGACGAGGAGCACUUUCAAGGUCGUAAUGGUGACCUACGUCUACAUGAAGAGAGAGAUGGAGUUGCUGAUGAGGUCUUGUGGAGCGGAUACCACAAUGCCCUCGGUCUUAAGAAGUCUGCCCAGCGUGAACAGUCUAGCCCUCUGCUGUUAAGUGAUCGCAGCCUUACUCAGGAAACAGGUUCUGUGCAUGAUGAGACAUCAUCAAGUGGCAACAAGGAAGACGAAGAUGAUGAUGAUGAUGACACUGAGGACAAGAUUGAUCCCCAGCAAUACGACCCUGAGAGGCUCAAAGCUUUUAAUAUGUUUGUACGCCUCUUUGUGGAUGAGAACCUGGAUCGUAUUGUACCAAUUUCGAAGCAGCCCAAGGAGAAGAUACAGGCGAUAAUUGACUCCUGCACACGGCAAUUUCCCGAAUUUGCCGAGAGAGCACGCAAGAGGAUCAGGACUUACCUUAAGUCGUGCCGCCGCAAUAAGCGCUCUCGGGAUGGAAAUGGAGCAUGGGAAGCUGUAAGGACUACACGACCCACCCCUGCACAUCUGACUUCAGUUCAAGCUGAGCAAAUUCUGGCACAGGCCUGCGAGAAUGAGAGCCACAAUGCAAAACGAAUGCGACUUGGUCUGGACCCUGUCAGUCAGCCAUUGCCUCUUACACCACAACCUAUAUUGUUGCAGGCAGAGGGCAGGCCACUUGCAUUGGACUUCCCAGCCACCACAUCAGGCAGUGAUGUUCGUCCCGCCCAUACUCGAGGUUCAAGUGACUUGCCAGAUGGAAGCCCCAACAUGCCCCCGACAUUUGGCCCAGUUACUGUAAGUUCUGGCCUGAAGAGCUCAGUUCCGUCCCCAGUAACAGACUCCACUGCAAAGGUAGCAAGUACUGUUGGAGUUGUGAAUGGUGCAACCCCUAUCACGCCAACGACGACACCUGCCACUGCCUACCGCCCUAACUUUGGACAGGCUUUCCAACGUGUUGCUACAUCUGGCCCUUAUUCAGCACCGCUGUUUCCAGCACCACCAUUUGGAGCUGCUGGGAUGAUUAGCAAUGGACCUACAGAUCUAAGCAUGAAGACAAAACCACUGCUCAGCCACAAACUGAGCACCGCCGAAAUAGUAGCAGUAAGGCAGUUGAUUACUGGGUACAGGGAAUCUGCUGCAUUUCUUCUCCGGUCUGCAGAUGAGUUAGAACAGCUCUUGCAGCAACAGUGAUUGACCUGAGAAUGGACAUGGUGAUCUGCACAGAGAGACUGAAGCAAAAUGAAUGCAGGGAUCUCAGAUUUCUCCACUGUGUACAAAGUGUGAAGACAUUGUGUCAAGGGAUGUUUGGUUCAUUGUGCAUUUAAACAUCUUAUUUCAUGAUCUGGUGUCCUUGUGUGUGUGCUGAUAGUACUUCUUUGACUUUGAUGUAUUUCAUGUGAACACUUUGCUUAAACUGAUGUGUGAUACAGAACAAGUUUUCUGGGAUAUUCCAGCUGCGUGAAGAAGAAGCAAAUUGCUUCAACAACUUAUUCAUGAUGAGUGUAAUAAUGGAAAGCACCUAAUAUUAUUAAACUGUGCUAAACAUUUUUCAAGAUGAAAAAAAAAGACUUUAAACUCUGUAAAGAUAUUUGAUGGACCAAUUACAUGCUCUCACUCAUGUAAUAGCUAAUGCAGCACUUUUGUACUUAUUUAUAACAAUUUUUUCCUGACUCUGCAUUGUCACAUGCCUUUGUUAUCAUUAUCAAUAUCAGAGUCACUAUUUAUAUCAGUCAUUUACUAUGAAAUGUAUAUUUUUGGUGUUGACUACAUUUUGUUCCUAACAGAUACAUUUGUAGACAAGUGUUGGUCAUGUUUUUGGUUUCUUCAACAGGAACAUGACUCACAGACAGAACUUACCAAUAAUUUGUGAUUAUAAAGAGUUUACCAGUUUUUUGAAAUUGUAAGUUAUAGGCCUCUGACUCUGCAAAAACGAAAAAAAAAAGAAACAUCCUCUUGUACAAAUAUGGUUGAUGUGUUUUUCAUGAGAUAGAAGCUGUCUUUAAUUCAUUGAUUAGGAAAUGUCUGAGGACAAUACACAGAGUAAGCGUAUUGGACAUGUUUGUCUUUCAUGAAACCAGAAACAUAUUUGCUAGUUUAUAACAUUUGUUGCAUGCAUGCAAAUACAAAACGCACUUUGAGGAAGAUGUAAUGGUUGUGUGACUCGUUGUCAGUUUCCUCAUAUUCUUUCUGUGUUUCUUGUGACAUGUGUUUUAUAUUUGUGCAAUCAUAAUGUUAAUUCGAACCUCUGUAUGUGGAUAUUCCUAAUUCCAUCCAUAGCAUUAGCUGAUGCACACUACUUAAUGCAACUUCUCUAAAAAGAGAAAAUUUAUUUGGCAAAAAAAUUUUAAAAUAUUCUCAGCAGCACUGUGCAAUCGAUGUUUCAAAUGUUUUGUCUGUAAGUCAAAAAUGCGUUUUUCAUAUAUUCAUAUUUGUAGUAUUUGUCCAUAUAUGUAAAUAAAAUUUGUACUUAAAUAUAUAUAGCAGCUUCAAAGAUUUAAUACUUUAUACCCACCACACAGUCUUGUUUCAAAUUUAAGUAGAUGGAUGCAUCUUUUCAUUUGUGACAAACUCUCGGUGUUGUGUUUUUGAUAUUAAUCUGUGUUGAUGUUCGUGGCAGCUACAAUAAGGAAUUCAACUGUUUUGUGGAAGUGUUUCCAGACUGUUCUUCCAUGUUGGAAUUUACUGUAUAAGAGAAUUUACAGAAUGAUGAACUGCAUAAAAGAAUUUACAAAAUGAUGAACUGGCUAGUGAAUAAGUCCUUGCUUAGAUGCUUUACUUUUGUUAUUGGGAGUACUUAUUGUUUUUACAUUUAAAAACUGGAAACUUUGCACAACAAAAUGUUAUUUAAAUUUUAUAAAUGCUCAGAUAUAUGCACAUAAAUAUGUGAACCUUGGUGGUUUUCCCGAUAACAUGUAAUUGCCAAAUAUUAUUUCAAAAUGUAAGUCUUACACUGCCUUUCCUUCUUGAUAAAAUAUUGCUGAUGUGGCAGCACUGGUUUUUAGCCAUUGUUUCUUAAUACAUUUUUUUCUUUGAGCAUCAUCAUAUUUCUUGUAGAUGAGUUUCAGUACCCAACUAUUCGUUGUACAGCAACAUUACUGCAAACAUAUUCUUAAUUUUGUUUUGAGACCUUCGUAUCCCUUACAUUUUAUGUUGAAUUUCAUAAAUUACUUGGGCAUGGAAUUUGAAUGUAGCUUCCAUAUUCAUUAAGCAAACAUUGGAGACAUUGGUUCAAAGCAAAACACAACUCAGCAAUUCAUAAUUAUAGUGCCAUUUUAAAAUAUAUGAUGAAUAAAUUAAAAAAUAAUGCAAGGCAUUUAUUUAAUAAAUAUGGUAAAUAAAAAAGAAAACUUGCGUAAUUGUGA